AUGGCAGCUGCAGCUGUCGCCCCUGGCAUCGUCCCUCUAUGCAAGAAUGAUACCUACGGUACCGUGGCACCACAGGACCAACAUCCCAGCAAAGAGCAAGAUAGCAAAGUAAAAAAAUAUUCAAAUGAAUUCUGCAAUCACUUUGAGCUCCAGUCGCCAUGGGAUCAAAUCUAUCAUCAAAUCGACACUGCACCUGUUAGACGCCUCGAAUGCGAAAUGGAUGAUUUGGUCGUUUUCGGCACUAUCCCUGAAACCAUUGAUGGAACUUGGUACCGUGUACACCCUGAUUCAAAUACACUACCGCCAAUCAACAACCCAUUUGUGGAUGGAGAUGGCCUCGUUAGCGCCUUUCGUUUCAUUAAAGGGCGGGUUUCAAUGAAGUUCAGGUAUGUCGAAACAGAGCGGUAUUUGCUAGAGCGCAAAGCACGCAGGCAGCUUUUUGGACGCUAUCGGAAUCCUUUCGAUAAUCAUCCCUGUGUGCGUCUCGCCAAUGACACAACAGCAAACACGAACGUUGUCUAUUGGGGUGGAGACCUUCUAGCGAUCUCAGAGAGGGGCCUUCCUUACGCAGUCAAUCCAGACACACUCGAGACAACGAGUCAUGAUCCCUAUGGGGGUCAAAUUGCGGCCAGGACUUUCACUGCUCAUCCCAAAGUCGACCCUCUCAGAGAUGUGCUUGUGACGUGGUCCUACGCAGCAAAGGGAUUGCGUAGCCGUGACAUAUGCACGUACGCAAUUGACCAAAGCGGUAAGACAACGGACGAAUUCUGGUUCAAAGUAGAUAAACCGGGUUGGCCUCAUGAUGGAUGGAUUACUGAAAACUGGAUCAUAUUGGCUAAUAUGCCUUUUACGGUUCAGUCGGAUGGCGACAUGAAGCAACCUGGGGCAGACCAUUGGAUCUAUGUACCCGGGCAGGCUCAAGAAUUCUUGGUAGCACCACGUCAUCCUGAUACUCCACGAGCACCUGGCUGGAAGCAAGGAGAGUUUCGCAAGUACACGACUGACCACGGCUUAAUCGUACAUACGGGUGGUGCCUGGGAGGAGGCUGACGGAAAAUUGGUUCUUGAAAGUCACUGGGACACUUACAAUCUUUUCUAUUUCUGGAAUCCUGACGAUUUUAAGCCGCCCGAGCAGCCGACUGGCGACUGGGUACGCUGGACAAUCGAUUUGGGGCAGCCAGAUGGUACGAAGCUCCCGCCACCAAAAAUUCUAUACUCUGGCCUAACGGAGUUUCCAAGUGUGGACGAGCGGUUUUUAUCACGAAAAACUAAAAUCGUCUUCUUUGCGACUAUUCCACCUGAGGAUUUCAUGCGCAUCGACGGCAUCGUCAAACUCAAUACAGAGACGAUGGAGUCUGAAAAAUUCCUUGCAGCAGAGAAUGGGAGCUUUGCCGAGCCGGUCUUCAUUCCUCGCUCGAAUGAUGCUCCUGAGGGUGAUGGCUGGGUCCUUUUCUACAGUACUAGACCCACGUCCACGAAAGGAGAGCUCAUCUUGCUUGAUACGGCGGACUUCUCCCGUCCCGUCGCUAUCAUUCAGCUUCCCUUUGCGUCAAGCUUCCAAGUCCACGGAAAUUGGGUACCAAAUCCUCGUCCAGGUCAGCCACUGCCACCACUUGGCAAGCCAGUCAAGGAUGUAAGACCCAGUGUGAAGUAUAGUCCCCUGGCCAAAUUUCAGUAG